AGCCGGAAGUUAUUUGCAAAUCGUCCAACAAUACAACGCUUCAAAUCUAAGAGAUCCAUUUUAAUUUCGUGUCUCUAAAGUUACACGACUAAACACCUACAUAACCUUGAUUAGACAUUAUAAUAACUUCUCAUCAUCGUAGACAAGGAUUAUAAUCUCAUCGUAGACAAAGAUUGUAAUAACAUUUAAAAAAACAGCUAAAUAACGGCAUUGAAAAAAAAAGGAAUUGGAGCAAACUUUGGGACACGACAUACUAUGGUGCGGACAUUUUGGGCCGCAAACAUGAAACAUUCACCGACAUGCCUUUUAGCUGUCACUGUUGUCCUUUUUAUUGGAGUGGAACUUGUUAACGGGCAAUAUUCUGCAGUCGCCAUCCCAGGUCAUAAAAUCAAGAUAGUAGGCUGUUAUGUAGAGAACCCAGCCAAACGCAAUAUACCUGUUACACUAUUCAGCGACUCCAGCGCGAAUUCUAAAACGAAGAUUGACUACAAAAAUUUCAAGGGGUACAUCCAAGGAGCUAUUCAGAGAUGUGCAACAGCGGCUAAACAAAAGAAUUACGCAUUUUUUGCCAUGAAUAACGUAGGGGAUUGCGUUUCUGGCAAAGUCUCCGCCACUUAUGCAAGGAGCGGGUCUUCAGCGAAUUGUAAAAACUCAGCGGGGGCAAAGUGUAACAACAAGGAGGACUGUGUGGGUGGUGAUACUAAAUCUAAUUAUGUUUACAAGGUGGAAAUGCUUCCAACCACGCCGACUACGAAACCGACAACAAAGAAGACAACGAAACCAAGAAGAGGUGCCACUACUGCUGGAUCCGCCGCCAAACUAAGCGCUUUGAUUUGUCAGAACUACGUGGUUGCGAUCAAAGCUUCUGCUGCCGGUAGCCCAAGCAAACCAGCUAUCCCCACCCCCUCUAAAAAACCCACUGCGGCGGGAAAAUCUACAGGUCCAACAGUGGCAACACCUACUACAUCCUCAAAGCCAUCAGGGCAAUCAGCCAUUGAGGCCAAAAUAAAGAAGCUUUACCAGGGAUAUACAUGCCUUGUUUGCUUAAGGACGUUAAAUACAAGUUCAUCAACAGUGUAUCUUAUGCUGCAAUUCAGUUGCCAAGGACAACAUUUGCAAAAACUUGUUGCGGGAAUUGGUGCCAGUAACAUCGUCAAAGCAGAAUGCUACCCACCGCCCUGCACCGCAGCUAUGUCUCCAUGCCCUCUUCCUUGUGGAAUGAGCUCAUGCCCCAUGUCACCAACCUUAUCGUAUCCAUCUACUUGUCCAGCGACUUUACCAGCACCUGCUCCACUUCCAGCACCCCCACUAGCCCCUUCACAGUGCCCGGCACCUUGCCCGUCGAUGUGCGCUCCAGCAUGUAAUUCGCUUUGCUGCCGGUCUAUGGUUCGACAGAAAGGCGAAACGGGAGAAUCUUCUAAGAAAUCUUCCACGAAUGAAGCCGAUGAUAUUGAUGACGACGAUGACGACGCAGACAACGAUGAACAAGAUGAUGAUGACGAUGUCGAAGAAAAUGAUGACUCUGACAUCGAGGAACCAACUGAAACAUGAUCUAUUUCUUAGAUGUUGGGUUUUACUGUUUUAUAUCAUUAUUGAUGUUAAAAAAAUCCUCGUGCAUUGACGCAACGAAGAAUUUAACUGCUUCUAAUAACCGUGAAUUAAAUUCCUUGAAAGAUGAAAUGAAAUCAAAGUUCCUGAAGAAAAGUGCUCUCCAGGCAAGGGUUGGAGCUUUACUUCAAAGACUGGCAGGGAUGUUUCAUUCCGAAAAAUCUGAUUAUUUCCCAAUGCUCUUACUUUGAAUGAAUAGAUUCUUUGAAAGAUGAAAUCAAAUCAAAGUACCUCAAGAAAAGCGUUCUCCAAGCAAGGGCUGGAGUUUUAUUUGUUAAGACUGUCAGGGAUGUUUCAUUACGAAAAAUCUGAUUUAUUUCGUAAUGCUCUAACUUUGAGUGAGAAUUUUGGGCGUCAAAUCACUCCCAAGACCAGCUCGAAGUUACGUGAAACUAUAAGCUAACCUUUCUUGAUUAAUACGGUGUAUCUAGUUGGAAUGUAUAGGGACAUCGAUCGAAAAGGCGGUGUAACCGAGGAGAUUAUAAGUAAACAAGUGUAAGAUAUUAGCAAGCUUUGAUGGAAAUUAGGUAUAACGGAGGAAAGAUAACAUAUUUUAAUAAAUUUUCUUGCAAAAGAAUAUGUUGCUGUUUUUAAAUUAUUUAGAGAAAACAGAGAGGCAAUGUUGUUUCUAAUCUAUGGUUGCGUGAAAUUAAACA